AUGGACGCUGUUCAAUCAAAACCAAAACCUCAGGAGAGAAAGAGGGAAAAUCAGGGUGGAAGAGGAGCAAAGAGACAGCGGACGCGCAAGGAGAAGCCAGCCAAAGAGGGGUCAAAUGACGAGGUGUUAAUCGCCGAUGUGCGCGAGUUAUUCGCUGCUCAGAAGCUCGCAGACUCGGACUCAGAUACACCUCAAAUUCCAACCCCCGAAUCUGCAGAUGCACAUACACUCGAUGCAGAAGCAAAACCUACAGAAAAUGGAUUAACGCAUAUUGCCGACACGGAGCCAUCCGAGGGGGAGAACACAGAGAUACUGCCAGAACCAUUCACGGAAAUAGAGGUCAAGGUCGUCAGCAUAUCUUCAACCGGCGAUGGACUUGCGAUACAUCCUUCCUCGAAGCAGAUAUAUGUUGUGCCUUUUGCGGCCCCUGGCGAUGUCAUCAAGGCCAAGGUUAUCAGACACUUCCUCCGGGAGCACUACACCCUCGCGGACUUUGUGUCUGUAGUGAGUCCUGGCCCGCUUCGGGAUGAUACUCGCAUCAAUUGCAAAUAUUUCAGCACUUGCUCUGGAUGCCAAUUCCAGAUGCUAGAUUACCCAACGCAAUUGGGACACAAGAGAUCAAUCGUUGAGAGGGCGUACAAGAACUUUUCACAGCUACCUCCAGAGCUUGUUCCAGCCAUCCAAGAUACUAUUGGAAGCCCGUUGCAAUACGGAUACCGCACGAAAUUAACACCGCAUUUCGAUGGCCCUCCAGGAUAUAGAAGCAGGGUAGACAAAAAAAAUGGGAUCCGGAAAACUUUCCAGGAGGUGCCACCAAUUGGCUUUAUGGCCAAGGGAAAGCGGGCGACAUUAGACAUCGAAGAUUGCCCGAUAGGCACCGAUGCCGUCCGGAUGGGCAUGAAGCGGGAGAGAGUUCGUGUGGCCGAAGAACUGGAGAAAUACAAAAAGGGGGCAACGGUAUUAUUACGAGAAAGUACAUCGCGGGUUCCAAAUGACGAUCCAAAGGCGACCGAAUCUCCUCCAGAUACCGUCAAAGUACAAACGGCCACUCACACCGAUUUCAAAACAUGUAUAACAGAUAACAACGCCACAUCAACUGAAUACAUCGACGAUUUCUCAUUCUCGAACCCCGCCGGAGCUUUCUUCCAAAACAACAACUCCAUCCUCCCCGUUUUCACCCAAUACAUCCGCGACCAUAUCCUGCCACCACCAAACCCGUCAGCACCCGCGAUCAAAUACCUCAUCGAUGCCUACUCUGGCUCCGGCCUCUUUACCAUAACUCUCUCCUCCCUCUUUACCUCCUCGACCGGUAUCGACAUCGCCGCCUCUUCCAUAACCUCCGCGCGGGAGAAUGCCGCGCUCAACAACCUCCCGCCAUCACAAUGCACAUUUAUCGCAGCUGAUGCGCCAGAACUGUUCAAGUCCGUCACAUACCCCAAUGAUGAGACGGUUGUGGUUAUCGAUCCGCCACGGAAAGGGUGUGAUGAGAGCUUUCUAAAGCAGCUGCUGGGGUUUGCGCCCAGGAGAGUGGUUUAUGUUAGCUGUAAUGUGCACACGCAGGCGCGGGACGUGGGGGUUCUGGUUCGAGGCGUGGAAGGCCUGGGGAGUCGGUACGAGAUUGAGAGUUUGAGGGGGUUUGACUUCUUUCCUCAGACGGGACAUGUUGAGGGUGUGGCGGUGUUGAAUAGAGUGGAUUGA